GUUGUCAGACACAAGUACCACCCGGCCCACGUCACAUUGUUCGAUGCCACCAUCAUAGAACAAUGCAACAAGGGGGCCACUGACCACCGUACACGCCAGAACGAACAAGGUCGUCCUUUCCGCACGACAACAACAGUCCCGCCGGUACAAGGACAAGGCGGCAACCUGAGCAGACAGCCACCAGCGAACAUACCUGCUACACAAACCACAGGUAAGCACGACCAAGAAGAAGGAAUCGAUCCACCUCCCGUGGCUACCGAGAUGCACAUAGACGCCAUAAUCACCCCUGACUUUCAUAACGAGGAACACCCAGCACGAGUUACGACACCGCAGGGCCGGGACUCAGUGACAGGUGAUAAUUGA